AGGGGCAAAGGUCACAGCCCCUGGAGGCAGAGGCACUUGCAGAGAGACCUGUGGGCCUGGAGCUGCUGUCCUCCCACGAUGUGGUUCUUUGCUCUGGUCCUGGGCUCCCUGGCCACUUGCACAGCUUGGGGGCACCCACCUUCACCACCUGUGGUGGACACUGUGCAGGGCCAGGUCCUGGGGGAGUAUGUCAGCCUAGAAGGCUUUGCACAGCCCGUGGCCGUUUUCCUGGGAGUCCCCUUUGCCAAGCCGCCGCUCGGACCCCUGAGGUUUGCUCCUCCACAGCCUGCAGAGCCAUGGACCUUUGUGAAGAACACCACCUCCUACCCUCCUAUGUGCUCCCAAGAUGCCAAGUCAGCCCAGGUGCUCUCGAGGCUCUUUACCAACAGAAAGGAUAACAUUCCUCUCAAGUUCUCCGAAGACUGCCUUUACCUAAACAUCUACACUCCCGCAGACUUGAACAGGAAGAGCAGGCUGCCGGUGAUGGUGUGGAUCCACGGAGGAGGUCUGGUGGUGGGCGGGGCAUCAACCUAUGACGGGCUGCCCCUCUCUGCCCAUGAAAACGUGGUGGUGGUGAUCAUUCAGUACCGCCUGGGCAUCUGGGGAUUCUUCAGCACAGGGGAUGAACACAGCCGGGGCAACUGGGGUCACUUAGACCAGCUGGCCGCGCUGCGCUGGGUCCAGGAGAACAUUGCCAACUUUGGAGGGGACCCAGGCUCUGUGACCAUCUUCGGAGCGUCUGCGGGAGCUGAAAGUGUCUCUGUUCUUUUAAAUACUCAGAGGAAGCUUUUAUAUUUUGUGAAGUGGAGAAAAGGAGAGGUACAGAUACGCCCAAAGAAGAAAGGAAGUGGACCUACAAUGUUAUUACCCAGGGAUUGUCACCAUGGACAUGUUGACACUUACUUUUCUAGUCUUUUUCUGAUGAAUCACCCUAUCAUCCAUCUAUGUAUCUAUCUAUCUAUCUAUCUAUCUAUCUAUCAUGUAGAAGUGGAUGUGAGCGGGGAGGGCAGCAUGAACACUGUUAUGUCCUCUUCCCAGAGCCAGCCCUUAAUGUGUUCUGUGGUUGAUGGAAUGCUGCUGCCUAAGAUGCCGGAGGAGCUUCUGGCUGAAAAGCAGCUCAACACCGUUCCAUACAUUGUCGGAAUCAACCACCAAGAAUUCGGAUGGAUUCUUCCAAUGACGAUAGGUUACCCAAUCUCUGAAGGCAAGCUGGACCAGAAGACGGCCUCAUCACUCUUAUGGCAGUCCUUCUCCUUCACUAACAUCCCUGAGGCACUGAUCCCAGCGGUCAUUGAGAAGUAUUUAGGAGGGACAGACGACCCUGUCAAAAAGAAAGACCGGUUCUUGGAUUUGCUGGGAGAUGUGGUAUUUGGUGUCCCAGCUGUGACUGUGGCACGUGGCCACAGAGAUGCCGGCGCCCCCACCUACAUGUAUGAGUUUCGGUAUCGCCCAAGCUUCUUGGCAGACACGAGGCCCAAGACGGUGAUAGGGGACCACGGGGAUGAAAUCUUCUCAGUCUUCGGGGCUCCAUUUUUGAAAGAUGGCGCCUCUGAAGAGGAGAUCAAACUCAGCAAGAUGAUGAUGAAAUUCUGGGCCAACUUCGCUCGGAAUGGGAACCCCAACGGGGAGGGGCUGCCCCAUUGGCCCGUGUAUGACCAGAAGGAAGGGUACCUGCAGAUUGGCGUCCCCACCCAGGCAGCCCAGAAGCUGAAAGAUGAGGAAGUGGCGUUCUUCACCAAGCUCCUUGCCCAGGACACAGCCAGGACGUCACCCCAAACAGAGCAUAUUGAGCUGUGAAGGGGAGGCCCAUCCAGCCUCCACGAUCUGGGGGAGCUUAGGGGUAAUUCUACAGAAGGUGGUUAUGGCCAAAAAGGUACCUUAGUGUCUGGUGGGAGUGGGCAGAGACCACAGAGGGGGAGCUGCUACACCUGUAGCCUGAAUUUUGGAAAUAAUGUUCUUUCGGUGACCAAA